AAAACAUUUUUUUUUUGCAAGCCACACUUUAGCGAGUGAGCAGCAGCGUAAAAGAGGAGGAGACAGUCCGCAGAGCCACAAAAAGGCAGCAGCAUGCAAGUCCAGCAGCGUAACUAACUCUGGAGCUCAACACCGACUCUCUCGCUCUCUCCGUGACCGACGACAAGCCAAGCAAAACGGGGGAGCUCUCCUUCCACCGCCCGGCAGUCCUCCAUGGCUAUGUGCAACGGAGACAGCAAGCUGCCGACCAGCGACGCGGAGCAGAAUGGGUCGUAUGAGGGAGCCGUGGCCAUCCUGGAUGCCGGAGCUCAGUACGGCAAGGUGAUUGACAGGCGGGUGCGGGAGCUGUGCAUACGCUCGGAGAUCCUCCCCCUGGAAACCCCUGCCUUUGCCAUUCGAGAACAAGGAUACAGGGCAAUAAUCAUUUCAGGGGGUCCUGCGUCCGUGUAUGCAGAAGACGCACCGUGGUUUGACCCCGCUAUAUUCACCAUCGGAAAGCCUGUCCUGGGGAUUUGCUACGGAAUGCAGAUGAUGAAUAAAGUCUUUGGUGGCACAGUACACAAAAAAUGUGUCCGGGAAGACGGCGUGUUCAGUAUUGGAGUGGACAACACCUGCUCGCUCUUCAGAGGCCUUCAGAAGGAGGAAGUGGUUCUGCUCACCCAUGGAGACAGUGUGGAUAAAGUGGCUGAUGGCUUUAAAGUAGUGGCCCAAUCAGGACAUAUCAUUGCUGGUAUCGCCAACGAACAGAAGAAGCUGUACGGAACUCAGUUUCACCCCGAGGUGGACCUGACGGAGCGAGGCAUAGACAUGCUUCGCAACUUCCUCUUUGAGAUAGCGGGGUGCAGCAGUAACUUCACCGUACAGAACCGCCAGCAGGCCUGCAUCAGUGACAUCAGAGAGAAAGUCGGCAAGUCCAAAGUGCUGGUGCUGCUGAGUGGCGGCGUGGACUCUACGGUGUGCACGGCUCUCCUCAACAAGGCCUUGAACCAGGACCAAGUGAUCGCCGUGCACAUCGACAACGGCUUCAUGAGGAAGAGAGAGAGUCAGAGCGUGGAGGAGGCCCUCACCAAAUUGGGCAUCAAACUCAAAGUGGUGAACGCCUCACACACCUUCUACAACGGAACAACCACGCUUCCCAUCUCGGAGGAAGACCGGACGCCCCGGAAACGCAUCAGCAAGACCUUGAAUAUGACCACCAACCCUGAGGAGAAGAGGAAAAUAAUUGGAGAUACAUUUGUGAAGGUGGCCAACGAAGUGAUCGGAGAAAUGAAUCUGAAACCCGAGGAGGUUCUUUUGGCUCAGGGGACUCUGAGACCCGACCUCAUCGAGAGCGCCUCCCACCUGGCCAGCGGCAAGGCGGAGGUCAUCAAGACGCACCACAACGACACCGAGCUCAUCCGCAAACUCCGAGAUGAGGGGAAAGUCAUCGAACCGCUGAAAGAUUUCCAUAAAGAUGAGGUGAGAGCGCUUGGGAGGGAGUUGGGCCUGCCAGAGGAGAUCGUCUCACGACACCCUUUCCCUGGUCCUGGUCUGUCCAUCAGAGUCAUUUGUGCCGAGGAGCCGUACAUCUGCAAAGACUUUGCUGAAACUAAUAACAUCCUCAAGAUCAUCACAGACUUCUCUGCAAGCGUCAAGAAGCCGCAUGCCUUGCUGCAGAGAGUCAAGUCGUGUAUAUCGGACGAGGAGGAAGAGAAGCUCAUGCAGAUCACCAGCCUUCAUUCACUCAAUGCCUUCCUGCUGCCCAUCAAAACUGUUGGUGUCCAGGGAGAUUGCCGCUCUUACAGUUACGUGUGCGGCGUCACAAGCAAAGAAUCUCCUCACUGGGAGUCCCUCAUGUUCCUGGCCAGACUCAUCCCUCGCAUGUGCCAUACCAUCAACAGAGUGGUGUACGUGUUUGGCUCCCACAUGAAGGAGCCGCCGACAGACAUCACUCCUACCUUCCUGACCACAGGCGUUCUUGGCACGCUCAGGCAGGCCGACUUUGUGGCUCACUCCAUCCUCCGAGAGUCUGGCUACUCUGGAAAGAUCAGCCAGAUGCCCGUCAUCUUGACCCCCCUGCACUUUGACCGUGACCCCCUGCAGAAGCAACCCUCCUGCAGACGCUCAGUAGUGGUGCGCACCUUCAUCACCAGCGACUUCAUGACCGGCAUCCCCGCCACGCCAGGGAACCAUAUCCCAGAGGAGGUGGUGCUAAAAAUGGUCAAUGAGAUCAGGAAGAUCCCUGGCAUCUCCAGAGUCAUGUUCGACCUGACCUCCAAGCCACCUGGCACCACAGAGUGGGAAUAAAACAUGCACACACACACACACACACACACACACACACACACACACACACACAGCGCACAAACAAGAGUUAUCGGAGAAGGCAGGUGAACUUCCUUCCGUUUGCUCCUUUGUUUGGCUAACAUUCCCUCAGACAAAGCAGCAGUGAUGAUGCAGUUCACUGUUUGGCCAGCAGGGUUUGGUUCACUCCUACAAAUUGUUUCUUCUCACUUGUAAUUCCCACAAGGUGUAUAAUCACUACGGAGCUGGGAACUUUUCAGGAUUAGCCAGGAAUACAUGCUAAAGUUGCUAAAUCAGCAGAAAGUCGGCCAUUUUUAAUUUUAUUUUGCUACCCUACUGUCGUGCACUUCUUCUCACCUUGGUACCUUGGUACCUGUAUACUGUGCUGCCAACAUGGCUGCUUGUCCUCUAUGGGGACACGUUUGGCUCUUUUUAUGCAAACUGACAACAUUUUUGCAAACAAAAAAGUUGAUCGGAAAUGAAAAUAAGAGUUUGCAAUUAGUCUUGUUUGUGUUUUUUGGAAUUACAAAUCAUUUUUUGAUUACAACCCAAUUACAGUCUUGUGGGCGGAGCUUCCUGUUAACAAUAUGUUAGAAGCCUUUCAUUGGUCAGGCUUGGUUGACCAUAUAUGGGCGUGACUGAUCACCUCCCCAAACACACUUGGAGCGAUAAUCCCCAAGACUAUUUGGGGUUUAUGAACUAGUUGUUGUCGAUACCAGCUAGUUGUGGGCCGAUACUAGCUAGUUGUGGUCGAUACCAACUAGUUGUGAUCGUUUUUAACUUUGUGGUCGAUACCAACUAGUUGUGGGCCAUACUAACUUGUUGUGGGCUGAUACUAACCAUUUGUGAUCUUUGUAAACUAUUCAUUGGCCUUAAUAAAUAGUUUUAGUCCAUACUAAUGAGUUGUGGUUGAUACAACUACUUUGAAUAGAUUUUAACCAGUUGUGGUUGAUACCAACUAGUUGUAAUAACUGCUAUCUAGUUGUUUGAUACCAACGAGGUGUGUGCCAUACUAAAUAGUUGUAGCUGAUACUAAUUAGUUGUGGACCAUACUAUAUAGUUGGGGCUGAUACUAACUAGUUGUGAACUAUACCAAUUAGUUGUGGCCAAUAUUAACAAGUUGUGGUCCUUACCAACUAGUUGUGGGGCCUUACCAACUCGUUGUGGUCGAUAAUUAGUUGUGUACCAUUGUAGUUGUGGUCUAUUAGUUGCGCGCCAUGCAAUACAAACUAGUUGUGGAGCAUACCAACUAGUUGAUGACAAUACCAACUAGUUAUGGGUUAUUCAAACUAUUUGCCGCAAAUGUUAACUAGUUGUGGUCGAUGCUAAUUCAAUUCGGGCGAUACUAACUAAAUGUGAGCCAUACAAACUCACUGUGGGUGAUACCAACAAGUUGUGGUUGAUACAGAUUAGUUGUACUUUAUAUUAACUAGUUGUGGGCUAUACUAACUAGUUGAGGACCAUGCUAACUAGUUGUGGUCAAUUCAAAUCACUUGCAGUUGAAAUAAACUAGUUGUGGUCAAUACAAAUUCGUUGUGGGUGAUUCUAACUAGUUGUAGGUGCUAAUAACUAGUUGUGGACCAUUCUCACAAAUAAAUGUUGAGUAGGCCCCGCCCACAAGAUGAAAGUUGUCCUAACAAAAAGUGGUUGAAACCACCUAAACAUGUGUUUUAAUUAAAAAUAUAUCUUUAAAGGUGCAAUAGUUGUUUGCAAAGCCAUGUUUGAGUCAGUCUGCAUAAAAGAGCCACUUGAAGGACGAGCAAGUCACGUGUGACCAAUCAUGUUCAGUGUGAGAGGCCAAAAGUACUGUCGCCCCCUGGUGGCCAAAAUGAUUAAUCACGUUUCAUGUGCCUCUUUUUUUCUUCUCCUUCUCAUGUAUCAUGUGUACGCUUACGGAAUAAGAAUUCUAGUAGUAUUGACACAAACUGGACGUACUGUAACAGUCCUUGUCAAUUGUGCUUAUUAUUGGAGGCUCCUGUGGCCUUCAGGAGCACAUUUGUUACUUAUUGACCCAUAAAGUUGUGGCCGUAUGAAAUACAGUAUGAGUAUAUGGAGCCAUAAAGGUGUGGCCAUAUGAAAUACAGUAUGAGUAUAUGGACUCAAAAAGGUGUGGCCAUAUGAAAUACAGUAUGAGUAUAUGGACUCAAAAAGGUGUGGCCAUAUGAAAUACAGUAUAAGUAUAUUUUCUUCUGAGCUUCAAUCCCGUCAUGAAAAGCAAACAAAGUGUUUUUGUCCUCUGCCUUUUUUAAACCGGUCUAUUUUUUUCUUUUUUUUUACUCUUGUUUUCCACGGUAACGGAAACGGAGCUGGAUGAAACUUCAAUCCCCACAUGAUUAAGUUAUACAACUUUUAUACAAUUCCAUCUUGUUUAGUGUGCCUGAAAGCCAAGCAUGCAGUCUGAACAACAACAUGAUUUACAGUGGAGCUCCGCCCACACUCAUUCAAGUACAGUCACAUGACGUGGGGGCUGGUGGGUGGGAGGGGAAGACAGUGGUACAAAUGUUACUAUGGAAAGAGUUAUUUUAUUAUUCUAUGACUAAUACGUUGUGACCUGUGGAGUAACUUCCAAUAAACAAAUCUAGAUAUCUUA